GCAGGCGCCCUAGGCCCACGGCGGUGCCCGCCGGGUCCCUCCGUCCGCCUAAGUGCCAUGGUGCCGCCGCCCCUGCCGCCGCCGCCGCUCUGUACGCUGCCGCCGGGCCCUGGACCCCCGCGCUUCGUGUGCUACUGCGAGGGGGAGGGAAGUGGGGCCGGGGGACGUGGCGGUUUCAACCUCUAUGUGACGGACGCCGCGGAGCUUUGGAGCACCUGCUUCACGCCGGAGAGCCUGGCGGCCCUCAAAGCCCGUUUUGGCCUGAGUGCGGCUGAAGACAUCACCCCCCGCUUCAGGGCAGCCUGUGAGCAGCAAGCUGUGACUCUCACCUUCCAGGACGACAGGGCAUCCCUGACCCUCUCGGGGGGGCCCUCACCGCUGGACUUUGACCUCUCCAAGGUGCCCGGCCUGGAGGCAGCCUCCAGGUUGCGGGCACUGACACUGGGCCUGGCAGAGCGCGUGUGCAGCUUGGAGCGGCAGCUGGCAGCUGCUGCAGAGGAGACAGCCACCAGCCCCCGCAAGAGCCCCUGGCAGGUGGGCUCUCAGCACUUCUUGCCAGACCUGGAUCCUCAGAGAGGUGGCCCUGGACCUGGGGUCAAGAGACGGUGCCCAGGAGAGUCUCUCAUCAACCCCGGCUUCAAGAGGUGCCCCGCCACCCUUGCCUCCUGUGCCCAGGGUUUAGCCCCUCCACCCCCAUAGUGUCACCCCCUCUUCUCUCCCAGGAAGAAACCCGCUGGUGGUGUAGACUUCGAUGACCCCUGACGGCGCAGCAAAGAGUGCGGUCAGGGCCCUCAGGAGUCUGUCCGUGAGAGGAGGGGCAGCCCCUGAGGCCCUGCCACUGGCGCCUGCCCAUCCUGCUGCCUGGCACGAAAACACCUGCUCCCCUAGCCCCUUCCCCAGCCAAUAAACAUCUUAUCUGGCCGA